AUGGUCGGUGUCAAGCGUCCGGUCGACGCUGGUGACGAGCGCAAUGGGAAACGGACCAAGACGAAGACAGCGCCCGUUGUCUCCAAGAAAGCCAAAUCCGCGCCGGUGAAGAAGUCCUCUAAGCCCGAGCCCAAGAAGAGCGCGAAGACCAACAAGAAGGAUAAGAAACCUUCCAAGAAGAAGGUAGAGGAAGAGGAGGAGCUGGAUGACGACGAUGACGACUUUGACCUGGACGAUCUCUCGGAUUCGGAGGGCGACGCCCAGGAUGAGGACGUGGACAUGGAUUCUGCAAGCGAUGAAGACGCUGCAGAGGCCGAGGAAGACGAAGAGGAUAGCAAGGACGAGAAGAAGUCAAAGUCUACGAAUUCGGCGGAAGCCGCGAAAAACAAAAAUGCCUCUCGCGAAUCGCAUGCGAAACAAAAAGCCCUCCUGCAGGAGCGUAAAGCAGCGAAACCCAACGCCGAUAUGAUCCAACGUUCCAAGAAACUGUGGGAGCGUCUGCGCCGCAAGUCACACGUUCCCCUCGAGGAGAGAAAGAAGCUCAUCGCGGAGCUGUUUGAAAUCAUCACCGGAAAAGUUAGGGACUUUGUUUUCAAGCACGAUUCCGUCCGUGUCAUCCAGACCGCUCUGAAAUACGCGAAUGCCGAGCAACGGAAGCAGAUUGCAUCUGAGCUCAAGGGCCACUACAACGAACUGGCCCAGAGCCGGUAUGCGAAGUUCUUGAUCGGCAAGCUUAUUGUCCACGGUGAUAAGGAGAUCCGGGACAUGAUCAUCCCCGAGUUCUACGGCCAUGUCAAGCGUCUUAUCCGGCACCCGGAGGCGUCGUGGAUCCUGGACGACAUCUACCGGCAGGUUGCGACUAAGGAGCAGAAGGCGAACCUGCUCCGGGAAUGGUAUGGUCCGGACUUUGCGCUUUUCAGAGACAACGACGGAAAGCCCGUGACCGCGGACCUUGUGGAGAUUCUCAAGGCGCACCCAGAAAAGAGAACCCCUAUCAUGCAUUUCCUCCACGAACUCAUCAACCAGCUGGUGCAGAAGCGCACAUCGGGCUUCACCAUGCUGCACGAUGCCAUGCUCCAGUACUUCCUUAGCACGAAACCCGGCAGCGAGGAAGCCAACGAGUUCAUCGAACUGCUCAAGGGAGACGAAGAAGGCGACUUGGUCAAGAACUUGGCGUUCACCCAGUCGGGCUCGCGUGUGAUGUGCCUUGCGUUGGCCUAUUCCAAUGCCAAGGACCGCAAGCUGCUUACUCGGUUCUACAGAGACACCAUCAAGAUGAUGGCUGGUGAUCCGUACGGACACACGGUUCUGCUGGCCGCCUACGAAGUCAUCGAUGACACCAAACUUACCUCGAAAUUGGUGUUCCCGGAGUUGCUGAACCAGAGCCUUGACGCCGAGGCUCGCAACGAAGAGCUCCUCUUCCAGGUCAAUGAUCUGACCGCACGCAUCCCCAUCCUGUACCCCUUUGCUGGCGACCGGGUGAAGUGGCUUCUCCCGGAGGCGGAUAACGACAUCCUCAAGGAGGUCCGCGAUAUCCGACAGGAGACCUCAAAGAAGGAUCCGGCCAUUCGUCGCCAGGAACUAGUCAAGGCCGCUUCUCCUACGGUGCUGGAGCUGAUCGCGGCCCGAGCCGACACUCUCCUUGAGACGAGUUUCGGGUGCCAGUUCAUUGCCGAGGUCCUCUUCGAGGCGGACGGCGACAAGAGCGCCGCGCUCCAGGCGGUCGCCGUGGCGGCCAAGUCCCGCGCCGACACCAAAGACUCCCCCUUCGUGGGACGUCUGUUGAAAUCUCUCGUCCAAGGCGGACGGUUCAACAGUGCCGAGAAGACAGUGGAGAAGGUGCAGCCGCCGCUGAACUUCCACGGUCUGCUGUAUGAGCAGAUCCAGGACGAAAUCAUGUCGUGGGCCACGGGCUCCAACGUGUUCGUGGUUGUGGCUCUGACAGAGUCGGACGAAUUCGAGAAGAAGGCGGAACUGCUGAAGACUCUGAAGAAGGGCAAGAAGGGCUUGGAGAAGGCCGCGGCGGAGUCGGGCACGGAGGGCAAGAAGAAGGGUAGUCCGACCAGCAGUGGAGCUAAACUGUUGCUGGAGAAGAUCUGA